GUCGUGGGCGAUCCGCCACGCCGGACGGACUUAUCGCAUCGUACGAAUACCGAUAGAAACAAACAAACGCACACGCACGCGCAUACACACGUCAUAUAUAACAUACAUACGCAUGUGCAGGGUAGCGUUUUUGGAUGCGUUAAACGCCGCGGGAGAAUCCAACGCUCGUGGAUGUCAACGAAGCCUGUCUUUCGUCAUACGUAAAUUUAUUUACCGAUCGAUCAAUUUUUUUUUUUUUUAAUUUUUUUAUUUCCUCGAAUUUUCAUAAUUUUUAACAAGUUUUUAAUCAACGUGUUAUUUCAAUUCGCGAGUCAGUGUGUUUGAAAUGGAGCAGGACUAUUUUAUCGAACUUUGUGACGAAAGAAUUUUUGCAAAAUCCCUGGAGACGAGGGUGUGAUUUUUUUUUUUUUUAUUUUCAAUGAAAUUGAAUCCGUCGUUCUUGGAGAUGUGUAAAAAAAUUUUACAAAAAUUGUCUUACUUCUAUUUUUUUCGUUUUUGACUUUUUUUUUUUUUAUUUGGUCGGUUGAUCGGUUCCUGUACUAAAGUGUGUAAUAUAUAGCCAGUGAGUGUCGAGUGUUAUCGUCAAAGAUAAAAAAAUAAAAAAAAAAAAAACCGGCCGCAUGUGCCAUGGAAAAGUGAACCGGAAAAUCUGAGUAACAAAUAUUUGGUCGAAUAAUAUUGUGUAUUAUUGAAAGGUGUUAAUUGAAUUUGUAACAGUGAUUAUUAUUGUGAGGAUAUAAAGACACCCAUUCGUUUGACCAAAGUUAACAAUAUUUCGAUACAGGAUUUGGAUUUAAUUGAUCGGAAUCAUAUUAUCUCAUUUUCAUAUAAUUGUGAAAAAUUUAUUAGUGAAUAAAAUUCAAUUGAACGCGGAAAUGGAAAUCUAAAAAUUUCUCACGGUAGUUCAAUUUUUUUGCCAAUUGAUAUAAUAAGAAUAUUAUGUGUAAAAGGUAGAUGGAAUUACGCCUCUACGAUACUGAUGUCACUCGGUUAUUAAAUGUAUAAAUAAAUCAACGCUACUAUUUCCGGAAGAUGUGUAACGUAAAUAACCCAAAGUGUGUGAGAUGAUAGCAUCGAGAAGUGUAUUCAUAACAAAAACUUAUCUCUCGUCGGCGGGAAAAGGGAAAAAGUGAUGUUUUAGAAAGCUUAAAGUUUCAGUGAAUUUAAGGUAUGGAGAAUUGAAAAACUAGUACAGAAAAUAAAAAAAAAAAAAAAAUUUUGGAAGAAAAACUUGUCGACGUUAUCAUCUCGAUGGAUUUAUACCUGCUUGCACGUUGCAUCACAGUCGCAUCAGGGACAACACAGAGAAGGCAAAGUUAACAAACGUUGGAAAAAAGCGGGCGGAGGGGUUAUAAAAAUUUUUGCCAGAAGAGUGAGGUUAAAAGUUGAAGGACGUCAGAGGGAUCUCUGAAGAGUAGGUCGAGGCUGGUUUUCUCUCAGUAUAUUAAUGAGCAGGUGAAAAUAUAAAAACAGAAUACUUUAGAAGCAGUUUUUUUUUUUCCAAAAUUAAAACGAUUCGCAAGCCGGUCGAUUCGUUUCUCGAGUACCUUCAAUAAGAACGGAGAUUAUCGCUCGUUUAUGAAACAUGAAGGAAAUCGCAUUGCGUAUCGUUGGAUCCUCGGUGACUUAGAAACUGUUGGAACCGGAAAAGAGUCGCUGAAAACGUCCGAAGAUGGCUUCGACGGUGGAGCCAAUGGAGGUAGUUUCAACAUCGGACAUAACAUCGAUAAGCGGACUUUCGACGGAGGAUCCAUCCGGGAACAUAACACACGUCGAGGACGAGGAAUGGUCCAAGAUGUCAAAAUCCAUCCUGAUAGGCUGCGUCCUCGGGUCGAUAAUCAUAACGGCGGUGUUCGGGAACCUCCUGGUAAUGGUGUCGGUAAUGCGGCACCGGAAGCUGAGGAUAAUAACGAACUACUUCGUCGUCUCUCUGGCCUUGGCCGACAUGCUGGUGGCCAUGUUCGCAAUGACGUUCAAUGCCAGUGUCCAGGUCACGGGGCGUUGGGUGUUCGGCUACUUCAUGUGCGACGUUUGGAACUCGCUGGACGUUUACUUCAGCACGAGUUCGAUACUGCAUUUAAUGUGUAUAUCGGUGGAUCGCUACUACGCGAUAGUAAGGCCGCUAAAGUACCCGAUAAACAUGACGAAGAGGGUGGUGGCCUACAUGCUGCUAGCCUGCUGGCUCUCUCCGGCGAUAAUAUCGUUCCUACCCAUACUCAACGAGUGGUACACUACCGAGGAGAACAGCAAGUACAGACGGGAGUUUCCUGAGCUAUGCGAGUUCAAGGUUAACAAGGUAUACGCCAUCCUGUCGUCGAGUAUAUCGUUCUGGAUACCCUGCACCAUAAUGACCCUGACGUACUACGCGAUAUUCAAGGAGGCCAACAGGCAGGAGAAGCAGAUGCACAACCGAAUGGGUAAUGCCAUGCUCCUCAGUCACAGACCGAGCAAGGACUUGAACAACAUGAACACCCUGAACAACUUGAACGGGGAACUGAACAGAGCCGGUUCGUCCAAGACCCUGACUCUGAACGAGAUAAACACGGACCACCUUCACACGCCGACGAAGGACAAGAACAUGAUAAAAAUGAAACGAGAGCACAAGGCUGCCAGGACGCUGGGCAUAAUAAUGGGGACCUUUAUACUCUGCUGGUUGCCGUUCUUCCUGUGGUACGUCACGAUGAGUCUCUGCGGGCCGACCUGCUACUGUCCGGACAUCGUGAUCGCCAUCCUAUUCUGGAUCGGUUACACCAACUCGGCCCUGAAUCCUCUGAUUUACGCGUACUUCAACCGCGAUUUUCGGGAGGCUUUCAGAAACACACUUCAGUGCGCAUUCUGCUCUCUGUGCAGGCGGGAACCGUCCGAUCUUGAUGCGCUCGACGUUCGGCGGCCUUCCCUCAGGUACGAUAUGGUCUGAUCGAAAGAGCUUCUAACAUGGAAAUUAACCCAGCAAUCUACCAAAUGUACGAUGAUCGGACAAAGAGCAUCUACUCUGAGACCUACAUGAGGCACAACGAUGGGAGAAGAUCGAGCGAAUUUGGAAGCAGUCUUUGAGAUGAGACAAAAUUUAGGUUUUAAGUCACUCCGCUCGUCCCAUGAACAAACCAAAAAAAAUAAAAAUAAAAAACGACUCCUAAAAUUCUGCCAAAUUAAUGUUUGCAAUGUUUAUCUUAUACACAAUAAUAUGAAUAGUCAUCUAUGUACACAAAUAUAUAUGAGAGACGAAUGUAUGAUAUGAUAUAAAAUAUAAUAUAACAUAUAAUAUGUAUGUAAAUGUAUUUAUAAUAGAUGUAACGAUACACGGGAUAACGAUAUAUAUAUAUGUAUAUGUAUAUAUCAUAUAUCACGACAUAAUAAUAGUUAAUAAUAACAAUAACGACACGAUACGAAUGCACCAUAUAUUCUAUUGCCAAAGUUUAGGCUUAAGCGAACCGCUUCGCAGCUAUUUACACCAAACCAAAGAAGGGGAAGAUGAAAAGAAAAAAAGAAAAAGAUUAAUUAUCGCCACGUAUUUUUGUGAAUCAUUAUUUCGAAUCAAAAAAAUUCAUUUAUCUGGCCGAUGAAUAUGCGAGUGUGGAAAUUCGAUGCGUCUGACAAAACCGAAUGUCAUAAGGGUUUUACGAUGUAUUUUUUAUGUACAGUAAAAUAAGAAGAUUAUUUAUUACUUGUGUGCAGAGAGGAACGAAAAUGAGGGAUUGAGAGAUUUUUAAUGAAACUGAUUGGCAUUUUAUUCCCUUAUGCAUUCGUUAGACGUUCUGUACCAUAACAUGCGAUAGUUUGUGUUAUCAACACAUUUAAAGCAUAUGUACAUUGUACGUGCAUGUUUUAUGAAUACGAAAAACAAAAAACAAAAAAAAAAAAAACAAGAGGUGUAUUAAUCGAUAAUCGUUUGCGGCUAGUGAUACUUUGAAGCUUUAAUUAAUUGUUAUUAUCAUUAUUAUCAGGACUGUCUUUUUAAUAGCUGGGGAUAUUUGCGGGGCAACGAUUCCAGUUAUAUUUUUAUUAUACGUUACCCUCUGAUUGUGAGAAAGUUGUUCGCGCGUGAUAAAAUUUAUGUUGAUACGGCCUAAGACUCGAAUUAUGAUAUUUUCAAUGUUCGUUACAUCGCGUGAAUUAAUUAUUCAUGAUUUUCAAUAUCGUUUAAUAAUAUUUCGUCUCUAUCGGCUAUUCGUUAUUGUAUCAACGGUAACAACAAGAAAAAGAAACGGAGUGGAAACGAGAAGAAGAAAAAGAAGAAGAAGAAGAGGAAGAAGAGAAAGAGAGAAGGAGAGAAGAGAAAAAAAAAAAUGGGGAAUACUCAAAAGUGAUAUUAC